CUCAUUUAAUUAGAGUUAGUUGAAAGAUUUACGUCGAUAAUUCACCACUCUGUCAACAGACAUACCUUUACCCACAACAAGACAUACAAAGCUUGCGACCAUCCAAGAUUAAAUGAGGAAGAGACAGAAAGAAAAAAGUGGCUUGUGAUGGGUUCUGAAGCUCACAACAAAUUGGUUAAAAUUGUGACACAGCCUUGCCUUGUAAAAGAUCUUGAAAAGCUUACGGAGCAAAUCAACACUACCCUCUUGGAAGUUUUUCAUUCACUGAAAAUUAGGUACUUGCCAAAGUCAACCUUUUUUAAAAUGGAAAAGAUGCUCGCUGGUACCCAACUCGCUAUUUUAGAUCACAACCACAACAUCAACAGAGAACAGAAACACUCAGUUAACGAAGAAGGAAUUCGGAAACCACUUUUCAAAGUCGCGUAUUCCAAACCGAACAAAAGAUUUGUAUCCAAAAUUGUGAAAGUUGAUAAGGAUUAUGGCUACUUACACUAUAUCCUGCAAAAAAUAAUGAAACGCGCCGAAUGUAAAAAAAAAGUUUCAGAAAGAAAUCGGAUGAAACGCCAACUGUCGUUAAAGAUUACUCCCGAUGACAGGCCACCUCGCGAAGAAAUUAUUGAAAAAUCGACCAAAUAUAAACGUAUAAAAUUGUAAAUAUAAAAUUUCUAAUACACGUUUUUAAUUUUUAAGCAAUCCGAUGAAUACUUCUUCUAACGUUUCUUAAAUUUGCACAAAAAAAUCUAUUACUACGUUUCUUAAAAAACAGAUUCUUAUACGAAAAAAAUGUGUAUGACUUUUGUAAAUAUGUACAAGUAGUGUAUAUAAUAACUAUUCGUCUUCUAUCUCCGCUAUCCAAGAAAAAAAAGUUUUUUUAAAUAAGUUUUUAAACAGUUAACUUCUAGGGGGGUUCAUAUUUGUACUGAAAACGCUACACACUUUCGCUACAUAGUCUGUUUUUCACCACUGUUCUACGUCACAUGCAUAAUUACGCAUAUUAAAUUUUUAACCCAGGCCGUUUUGCGCGCAUUUGCAGCAACAAGACGAAGCCAUGCUUUAACAACAUCUACGAUAAAAAGGGUUGUUUGGAAUAUAUCUUCAAAGAAAGCGCAUUAUCCAACGUGCACAAUAUGACAGACAUUAUCUUUAAGCAGGCUCAGACCAAAGUGUUAAUGGUGACAAAAAUAAAAUGACACUGUUGUUCAAGACAACCUUCAAAGAUACUAACUGUUAUUGUACAUGUUCAACAAUUUUAAUUUUGUAGUAUUAGCUACACUGUAUAUUUUGUGUUAUGUAUGCUAUUUUAUAAGCAACAACAGGGAAAACAAGAAUAUUAGUUUUAGUUUAGAAACUUUCCUUGUUCUAAAAGAUGGACUUCCCUCAGUGGAUGAUCAAUGCGCAACCGAUAAGCUACAAUUGAGCCCUUAAAACAGAAAAACCUAAGCUGCACUGAGCCAAACUGCUGCUCUGCUUACAAAAAAGUGUUGUAUGUCAUAUUAUUAAAACUUUUAUUUAUUUAUAUGAUAGAAAUAUAAAUUUUACCUUAAA